GAUGGAAUUAUUUAUAGAUUAUGUUGGUUGUCGGAAUAUCAAUGCCAGCUGUUCUUAUUUUUUAUUUAUGCUUUCGUAUUUUAUUUGCAAGCUGACAUUUUCAUUUAGAUUAGAAUUAAGAGUUACUCCUUGUGACAGCACAAUGCUUAGUGACAACCCCAAGUUGCAGCGUGAACGAAGCAGAGAAGAUUUAGUUCGGAAGCUUGCAUCUGAGACUGGUAUUGAAGAGACACUGGCGAGGGAGUACCUGGCUUCGAAUAAUUGGAAUCUUGCCGCUGCUAUCCGUGGUUACAAUGAUUUACUUGAAGCAGAGAAGCAUCGCAGAGAGCGCAAAGUAGGAACACUCCGCCAAGUUGGUCGAGGCUUUUCAGUCUCCAACAUGGAACUCGUUCAAAAAGCGCGCGAACAGCUCUCUAUCGAAGAGAAUGAGCGCGAAGACAGCAGCCAAUUCGAGAUGUUCGACGAAUCGGCGAGAAAAAAUUUUGUAUUACCAGAUAUCAGUCAGUUCUCACGGGAACUGGCGAACUUUAUUAAAAGCGACCUCAUAAGUAUCAAUACUUUACAAACGCUGACAAGUGCGGAUUAUCUCAAUUGGUGGGCGGACAUUGGUGCUUGCAGAAAGUUAUUUCCUCUCUCCACAGUAGGCGAUGGCAAUUGUCUGUUGCACGCAGCGUCACUGGGCAUGUGGGGAUUUCAUGAUCGCUUAUUAACAUUAAGAAAGUCCCUACACCAAUUUAUGUUGCACCCGUUAGCAAAAAAAGCACUGAAGCGGAGAUGGAAGUACAACCUAUGGCAAGAAAACUUGAAAUGCGGUGGGUUGACUUAUUCUCAUUCUGAGUGGGAGGAGGAGUGGAACGCAGUAGUAAAGCUGACAUCCGAUAGACCGCGACGAUUCGAAGGAGGUAUGCCCAGGCGAAGGAUCAGUCGACAGUUGUCGUUUAGAACGUCCGUUGAAAUCGGAGGAGCUGUUCCUAAUCUUCGAGAGGGGGAGAGUUUAGAUAGUUUGGAAUCCAUUCAUGUUUACGCACUGGCUAAUUUACUGUGUCGUCCGAUUAUAAUAAUUGCGGAGGAGAUGCUUAAAGAUGGUGCAGGGAACGAUGUCGUACCCAUUCCUUUCGGUGGUAUAUACUUGCCAUUAGAAAAGAAGCCAGAUGUGUGUUUGAAAUACCCACUAGUGUUGGCGUACGAUGCAUCUCACUUUUCAGCUUUAGUACCUGCGGAUGGUGAAAUGUACAAUAAGGGAGAGAAAUUAUCGAACAGUAUACCGCUGAUGAAUAGACAUCUUCAACUACUUCCUCUGCGUUUUUACAUUGAACCAGGAAGUACAUGGGAUUUGGUACAAGAUGACAGUGUAAAAGAGGAAAUUAACGAACUUUCGUUUGAAGAAAAAGUAAAUCUAUUGAGACGAUAUCUUGAUGUUGUUAAAGUACGGUUCGAUAAACAAGGAGAUUCGCAGCCUGAGUACGAGCGAAAUAAUUCAGUGAAUAAAGGAUUAAGUAAGAUUAAUGAAAUGUUUGUUCACCAAGCCAAGUUGUUGGCUUGUAAAUUAAACUUAUCCGAACGACCUAAACAGUACAAAGAAAUGAUUGAGAAUUACAUUCAAGCAACGAAACAGCGUUUUUUAGAAGCUUCACAAGAGCAGAUAAAGUGCGCCACAAAAGGUUGUAGGUACGCUGCUUUGCCAGAUUAUUUGGACCUAUGUGUGGAAUGUUACGAUCGAAUAUACCAAACUAACAAGGUGCCACAGCUCAGGUCUUCUCCUCCUCUUGACAAUGGACAAAAGCCUGUGUCCGAUGCACUGGUAAAUAGAUCCGCCUCCUUGCACGAUAUUAAGGUUAACUUGGACAGCCAGGAGAAUCAAGUGUCUCGUGAUAGCGCGACAAUAGAAAAUAACAUUUCUCGGGAAAGAGUUAUUCCCAUAUCAGACAUGCGCACAUUUAGCGCUCUUGAGGGUAGGAGAAUGGUGCGAAGUUGUCGUGUAAAUGGCUGCAGAUUUUAUGGGAGCGAAGAAACAGAAGGUUUCUGCUCAGGUUGCUAUCGCCAAAUAAAAUAUGGCGGUAGUUAGAUUGUUCUCAAGGUGCAACAUGACAGCGAAAAAACUUUUUGUUGUUGUUGUUGUCAUUUUAAGUUGAUGAAAUCACUUGUCUUUCAAGUAGCAUCUUUAUACUCCAUGUGAAAAAAUGCAAAACUCGCUUCAAACUCAGUAAAAGUUUUCCCACACUAUGUUAUUUCUUCACUCACGUCUUUUUUUAUAAGAAACACAAUAUUUCAUCACUCGAAGCUGAAAUUGUAUUUCAACUUCCAACUCAAAAAAUAUUGAAAAAAUUGUAAAUACACUGAUCGGUUGACAGAUCUUUCGAAGGAAAUUUUGGAGUCUUACCUAAAGUUGUGAAUUUAGGCUAAUCUCAAAAUAUGUUUCUUAUAAAAAAGGUCUACAUUUAUAAAUCGAUCGCCAAAUUGGUUCAUGUGCAUAAAAAAGGACUUUUGAUUUGAACUAAAUACUUUUAAAAUAAAUAUAUCUACAUUCCACUAUUAUAUAUACUGAAAUAUUUUUGACACUAUUUUGUACAGGGAGCUACUUUGCAUAUAAACUUGCCAUCGAUCUUUCUCUGAAAGAAAUUGUACAAUAUA